CUCAUGUUUCCUUUAGGAUUAGUGAACAAUGAGCUGGUGAGGGUACUGAAACCAAAAUGAGAGGAAACAUCAGCAGCAACAGAGCACUCAUCCUUUCUGCUCUCUGGAUAGGAUGCUGGUCAGUUCUGGUCAGAGCACAGUGCAAUUCAACCACUGGCAAUGCCACCUCAGGGCCAGACACAUGCAGUACGGCGAACAGCGAUAAUACCACUAUUAAUGGCUCCAUCACCAUCACUGCCACCGCCACAGUACCAAUGAACUCUUGUCAAGGUGUAAACAGUUCCGGUCAACUUGACUCAGUCAUGGCUCAGCUCUGGUCUGGAAAUGUGUCUGCAGUUCUCUGCAACUUCAGCAUCCCUGAAUUUGCCUGUGCAUCAUUUGCUAAUCUGUCCUCUGAUGAUCUGGUUAUACUGCUGACAUGCAAACUGCGAAGUGGUGAGAUCUACUCCAAAGAAAUUUGGGAGCUUUUUGUCCAAAGGUUUUCAGCAUCACUUGAUGGAGCUCUGGAUAAGUAUUAUAAUGAGACCCCACACUUCAGGCUGCCUAGCCCAUCUAUUCUCGAUGGGAUCAGUGUGAUCAAAGUCAACAACUUUAGUGAUGUAGAACUGAAGGAUGUCGCUUUCAUCACCACGUGGUUCCAGAUAAGGCUGAGGCCAUUUUUAGCAUCAGCAUCCACAGACUUCCUUUCUAGUCUCAGUUCCAAGAACUUCAGCUGUCAAACCUACCAAGUUGUGGUACAGGCCUUUAGUAUACAAGAAACAUUACUGGAAAAGGAACAAAAACAUUCCAUCAUUGACAGUUUCAUCGAACCUUUCCUCUCAAAAUCCAACUUGGCAGAUCCUAGAUGUAUUUCCAACGUUUCUGGCAGCAGGGAAUGGCUAACAAAGAACUUUGGCAACUUCUCUACUUAUGCUACUUUGAAACAGCUUCAAGAUCUAAAUGAAAAUUUCUCUAGGUUUGAAUCUUUGGACCUGCUGACCCCUAGCCAAGCAGCUGAACUCACUCUGAGCUCUGGCGCCCUCAACAGCACAAGUCAGAUUGACCUAGUGUUCAAUCAACUACAGAAAGGCGAUGCUUUCACCAACGUGCAUGACUUUCUCACAGUCCUCUCUGAUCAGAAGGCUCCUGUUAUCAACCCUGCAGUCAGAGAUGUGAUGAUGAAUCGAACCUUCAAGAUCAUCAGCAUGAAGUUUUCACAGUUUCAGACAUACGACUGGUAUGACUGGUUUAAGGUCAAGCUCAUCUCUCUCCUGCCCAGUUUCACUGCAGAGAUGCUCACUAAUGCAACAUUAGGCAUCAACUGUACCAACUACCACGUCAUUGUUGAUGCAUUAAGCACUGUUGCUGUGAACAUGCCAGUAAAUAGAAAUCAGGAACUUGGGGCUGUUCUGGUGGCAUACCUAAAGCAAUCCAUACAGCAAAUCAAUCAAACAGGCUGCAGAGUGAACAACCAGACCGAUGCAGACUGGCUCACUGUUAAUCUUGGCCACUUCUCCAGCUACUUGUCAUUCUCUCAGCUGGCACAAUUCAACAUUUCUUGGUUUGGAUCUUUGGACCUGCUGACCCCUAGCCAAGCAGCUGAACUCACUCUGAGCUCUGGCGCCCUCAACAGCACAAGUCAGAUUGACCUAGUGUUCAAUCAACUACAGAAAGGCGAUGCUUUCAUGAACGUGCAUGACUUUCUCACAGUCCUCUCUGAUCAGAAGGCUCCUGUUAUCAACCCUGCAGUCAGAGAUGUGAUGAUGAAUCGAACCUUCAAGAUCAUCAGCAUGAGGUUUUCACAGUUUCAGACAUACGACUGGUAUGACUGGUUUAAGGUCAAGCUCAUCUCUCUCCUGCCCAGUUUCACUGCAGAGAUGCUCACUAAUGCAACAUUAGGCAUCAACUGUACCAACUACCACGUCAUUGUUGAUGCAUUAAGCACGGUUGCUGUGAACAUGCCAGUAAAUAGAAAUCAGGAACUUGGGGCUGUUCUGGUGGCAUACCUAAAGCAAUCCAUACAGCAAAUCAAUCAAACAGGCUGCAGAGUGAACAACCAGACCGAUGUAGACUGGCUCACUGUUAAUCUUGGCCACUUCUCCAGCUACUUGUCAUUCUCUCAGCUGGCACAAUUCAACAUUUCUUGGUUUGGAUCUUUGGACCUGCUGACCCCUAGCCAAGCAGCUGAACUCACUCUGAGCUCUGGCGCCCUCAACAGCACAAGUCAGAUUGACCUAGUGUUCAAUCAACUACAGAAAGGCGAUGCUUUCACCAACGUGCAUGACUUUCUCACAGUCCUCUCUGAUCAGAAGGCUCCUGUUAUCAACCCUGCAGUCAGAGAUGUGAUGAUGAAUCGAACCUUCAAGAUCAUCAGCAUGAGGUUUUCACAGUUUCAGACAUACGACUGGUAUGACUGGUUUAAGGUCAAGCUCAUCUCUCUCCUGCCCAGUUUCACUGCAGAGAUGCUCACUAAUGCAACAUUAGGCAUCAGCUGUACCAACUACCACGUCAUUGUUGAUGCAUUAAGCACGGUUGCUGUGAACAUGCCAGUAAAUAGAAAUCAGGAACUUGGGGCUGUUCUGGUGGCAUACCUAAAGCAAUCCAUACAGCAAAUCAAUCAAACAGGCUGCAGAGUGAACAACCAGACAGAUGCAGACUGGCUCACUGUUAAUCUUGGCCACUUCUCCAGCUACUUGUCAUUCUCUCAGCUGGCACAAUUCAACAUUUCUUGGUUUGGAUCUUUGGACCUGCUGACCCCUAGCCAAGCAGCUGAACUCACUCUGAGCUCUGGCGCCCUCAACAGCACAAGUCAGAUUGACCUAGUGUUCAAUCAACUACAGAAAGGCGAUGCUUUCAUGAACGUGCAUGACUUUCUCACAGUCCUCUCUGAUCAGAAGGCUCCUGUUAUCAACCCUGCAGUCAGAGAUGUGAUGAUGAAUCGAACCUUCAAGAUCAUCAGCAUGAGGUUUUCACAGUUUCAGACAUACGACUGGUAUGACUGGUUUAAGGUCAAGCUCAUCUCUCUCCUGCCCAGUUUCACUGCAGAGAUGCUCACUAAUGCAACAUUAGGCAUCAGCUGCACCAACUACCAAGUGAUUGUUGAUGCAUUAAGCACUGUUGCUGUGAACAUGCCAGUAAAUAGAAAUCAGGAACUUGGGGCUGUUCUGGUGGCAUACCUAAAGCAAUCCAUACAGCAAAUCAAUCAAACAGGCUGCAGAGUGAACAACCAGACAGAUGCAGACUGGUUCACUGUUAAUCUUGGCCACUUCUCCAGCUACUUGUCAUUCUCUCAGCUGGCACAAUUCAACAUUUCUUGGUUUGGAUCUUUGGACCUGCUGACCCCUAGCCAAGCAGCUGAACUCACUCUGAGCUCUGGCGCCCUCAACAGCACAAGUCAGAUUGACCUAGUGUUCAAUCAACUACAGAAAGGCGAUGCUUUCACCAACGUGCAUGACUUUCUCACAGUCCUCUCUGAUCAGAAGGCUCCUGUUAUCAACCCUGCAGUCAGAGAUGUGAUGAUGAAUCGAACCUUCAAGAUCAUCAGCAUGAAGUUUUCACAGUUUCAGACAUACGACUGGUAUGACUGGUUUAAGGUCAAGCUCAUCUCUCUCCUGCCCAGUUUCACUGCAGAGAUGCUCACUAAUGCAACAUUAGGCAUCAACUGUACCAACUACCACGUCAUUGUUGAUGCAUUAAGCACUGUUGCUGUGAACAUGCCAGUAAAUAGAAAUCAGGAACUUGGGGCUGUUCUGGUGGCAUACCUAAAGCAAUCCAUACAGCAAAUCAAUCAAACAGGCUGCAGAGUGAACAACCAGACCGAUGUAGACUGGCUCACUGUUAAUCUUGGCCACUUCUCCAGCUACUUGUCAUUCUCUCAGCUGGCACAAUUCAACAUUUCUUGGUUUGGAUCUUUGGACCUGCUGACCCCUAGCCAAGCAGCUGAACUCACUCUGAGCUCUGGCGCCCUCAACAGCACAAGUCAGAUUGACCUAGUGUUCAAUCAACUACAGAAAGGCGAUGCUUUCACCAACGUGCAUGACUUUCUCACAGUCCUCUCUGAUCAGAAGGCUCCUGUUAUCAACCCUGCAGUCAGAGAUGUGAUGAUGAAUCGAACCUUCAAGAUCAUCAGCAUGAAGUUUUCACAGUUUCAGACAUACGACUGGUAUGACUGGUUUAAGGUCAAGCUCAUCUCUCUCCUGCCCAGUUUCACUGCAGAGAUGCUCACUAAUGCAACAUUAGGCAUCAGCUGCACCAACUACCAAGUGAUUGUUGAUGCAUUAAGCACUGUUGCUGUGAACAUGCCAGUAAAUAGAAAUCAGGAACUUGGGGUUGUUCUGGUGGCAUACCUAAAGCAAUCCAUACAGCAAAUCAAUCAAACAGGCUGCAGAGUGAACAACCAGACAGAUGCAGACUGGUUCACUGUUAAUCUUGGCCACUUCUCCAGCUACUUGUCAUUCUCUCAGCUGGCACAAUUCAACAUUUCUUGGUUUGGAUCUUUGGACCUGCUGACCCCUAGCCAAGCAGCUGAACUCACUCUGAGCUCUGGCGCCCUCAACAGCACAAGUCAGAUUGACCUAGUGUUCAAUCAACUACAGAAAGGCGAUGCUUUCACCAACGUGCAUGACUUUCUCACAGUCCUCUCUGAUCAGAAGGCUCCUGUUAUCAACCCUGCAGUCAGAGAUGUGAUGAUGAAUCGAACCUUCAAGAUCAUCAGCAUGAAGUUUUCACAGUUUCAGACAUACGACUGGUAUGACUGGUUUAAGGUCAAGCUCAUCUCUCUCCUGCCCAGUUUCACUGCAGAGAUGCUCACUAAUGCAACAUUAGGCAUCAGCUGCACCAACUACCAAGUGAUUGUUGAUGCAUUAAGCACUGUUGCUGUGAACAUGCCAGUAAAUAGAAAUCAGGAACUUGGGGUUGUUCUGGUGGCAUACCUAAAGCAAUCCAUACAGCAAAUCAAUCAAACAGGCUGCAGAGUGAACAACCAGACAGAUGCAGACUGGUUCACUGUUAAUCUUGGCCACUUCUCCAGCUACUUGUCAUUCUCUCAGCUGGCACAAUUCAACAUUUCUUGGUUUGGAUCUUUGGACCUGCUGACCCCUAGCCAAGCAGCUGAACUCACUCUGAGCUCUGGCGCCCUCAACAGCACAAGUCAGAUUGACCUAGUGUUCAAUCAACUACAGAAAGGCGAUGCUUUCACCAACGUGCAUGACUUUCUCACAGUCCUCUCUGAUCAGAAGGCUCCUGUUAUCAACCCUGCAGUCAGAGAUGUGAUGAUGAAUCGAACCUUCAAGAUCAUCAGCAUGAAGUUUUCACAGUUUCAGACAUACGACUGGUAUGACUGGUUUAAGGUCAAGCUCAUCUCUCUCCUGCCCAGUUUCACUGCAGAGAUGCUCACUAAUGCAACAUUAGGCAUCAGCUGCACCAACUACCAAGUGAUUGUUGAUGCAUUAAGCACUGUUGCUGUGAACAUGCCAGUAAAUAGAAAUCAGGAACUUGGGGCUGUUCUGGUGGCAUACCUGAAGCAAUCCAUACAGCAAAUCAAUCAAACAGGCUGCAGAGUGAACAACCAGACAGAUGCAGACUGGCUCACUGUUAAUCUUGGCCACUUCUCCAGCUACUUGUCAUUCUCUCAGCUGGCACAAUUCAACAUUUCUUGGUUUGGAUCUUUGGACCUGCUGACCCCUAGCCAAGCAGCUGAACUCACUCUGAGCUCUGGCGCCCUCAACAGCACAAGUCAGAUUGACCUAGUGUUCAAUCAACUACAGAAAGGCGAUGCUUUCAUGAACGUGCAUGACUUUCUCACAGUCCUCUCUGAUCAGAAGGCUCCUGUUAUCAACCCUGCAGUCAGAGAUGUGAUGAUGAAUCGAACCUUCAAGAUCAUCAGCAUGAAGUUUUCACAGUUUCAGACAUACGACUGGUAUGACUGGUUUAAGGUCAAGCUCAUCUCUCUCCUGCCCAGUUUCACUGCAGAGAUGCUCACUAAUGCAACAUUAGGCAUCAGCUGUACCAACUACCACGUCAUUGUUGAUGCAUUAAGCACUGUUGCUGUGAACAUGCCAGUAAAUAGAAAUCAGGAACUUGGGGCUGUUCUGGUGGCAUACCUGAAGCAAUCCAUACAGCAAAUCAAUCAAACAGGCUGCAGAGUGAACAACCAGACCGAUGUAGACUGGCUCACUGUUAAUCUUGGCCACUUCUCCAGCUACUUGUCAUUCUCUCAGCUGGCACAAUUCAACAUUUCUUGGUUUGGAUCUUUGGACCUGCUGACCCCUAGCCAAGCAGCUGAACUCACUCUGAGCUCUGGCGCCCUCAACAGCACAAGUCAGAUUGACCUAGUGUUCAAUCAACUACAGAAAGGCGAUGCUUUCACCAACGUGCAUGACUUUCUCACAGUCCUCUCUGAUCAGAAGGCUCCUGUUAUCAACCCUGCAGUCAGAGAUGUGAUGAUGAAUCGAACCUUCAAGAUCAUCAGCAUGAAGUUUUCACAGUUUCAGACAUACGACUGGUAUGACUGGUUUAAGGUCAAGCUCAUCUCUCUCCUGCCCAGUUUCACUGCAGAGAUGCUCACUAAUGCAACAUUAGGCAUCAGCUGUACCAACUACCACGUCAUUGUUGAUGCAUUAAGCACUGUUGCUGUGAACAUGCCAGUAAAUAGAAAUCAGGAACUUGGGGCUGUUCUGGUGGCAUACCUGAAGCAAUCCAUACAGCAAAUCAAUCAAACAGGCUGCAGAGUGAACAACCAGACAGAUGCAGACUGGCUCACUGUUAAUCUUGGCCACUUCUCCAGCUACUUGUCAUUCUCUCAGCUGGCACAAUUCAACAUUUCUUGGUUUGGAUCUUUGGACCUGCUGACCCCUAGCCAAGCAGCUGAACUCACUCUGAGCUCUGGCGCCCUCAACAGCACAAGUCAGAUUGACCUAGUGUUCAAUCAACUACAGAAAGGCGAUGCUUUCACCAACGUGCAUGACUUUCUCACAGUCCUCUCUGAUCAGAAGGCUCCUGUUAUCAACCCUGCAGUCAGAGAUGUGAUGAUGAAUCGAACCUUCAAGAUCAUCAGCAUGAAGUUUUCACAGUUUCAGACAUACGACUGGUAUGACUGGUUUAAGGUCAAGCUCAUCUCUCUCCUGCCCAGUUUCACUGCAGAGAUGCUCACUAAUGCAACAUUAGGCAUCAGCUGUACCAACUACCAUGUCAUUGUUGAUGCAUUAAGCACUGUUGCUGUGAACAUGCCAGUAAAUAGAAAUCAGGAACUUGGGGCUGUUCUGGUGGCAUACCUGAAGCAAUCCAUACAGCAAAUCAAUCAAACAGGCUGCAGAGUGAACAACCAGACCGAUGUAGACUGGCUCACUGUUAAUCUUGGCCACUUCUCCAGCUACUUGUCAUUCUCUCAGCUGGCACAAUUCAACAUUUCUUGGUUUGGAUCUUUGGACCUGCUGACCCCUAGCCAAGCAGCUGAACUCACUCUGAGCUCUGGCGCCCUCAACAGCACAAGUCAGAUUGACCUAGUGUUCAAUCAACUACAGAAAGGCGAUGCUUUCACCAACGUGCAUGACUUUCUCACAGUCCUCUCUGAUCAGAAGGCUCCUGUUAUCAACCCUGCAGUCAGAGAUGUGAUGAUGAAUCGAACCUUCAAGAUCAUCAGCAUGAAGUUUUCACAGUUUCAGACAUACGACUGGUAUGACUGGUUUAAGGUCAAGCUCAUCUCUCUCCUGCCCAGUUUCACUGCAGAGAUGCUCACUAAUGCAACAUUAGGCAUCAGCUGUACCAACUACCAUGUCAUUGUUGAUGCAUUAAGCACUGUUGCUGUGAACAUGCCAGUAAAUAGAAAUCAGGAACUUGGGGCUGUUCUGGUGGCAUACCUGAAGCAAUCCAUACAGCAAAUCAAUCAAACAGGCUGCAGAGUGAACAACCAGACCGAUGUAGACUGGCUCACUGUUAAUCUUGGCCACUUCUCCAGCUACUUGUCAUUCUCUCAGCUGGCACAAUUCAACAUUUCUUGGUUUGGAUCUUUGGACCUGCUGACCCCUAGCCAAGCAGCUGAACUCACUCUGAGCUCUGGCGCCCUCAACAGCACAAGUCAGAUUGACCUAGUGUUCAAUCAACUACAGAAAGGCGAUGCUUUCACCAACGUGCAUGACUUUCUCACAGUCCUCUCUGAUCAGAAGGCUCCUGUUAUCAACCCUGCAGUCAGAGAUGUGAUGAUGAAUCGAACCUUCAAGAUCAUCAGCAUGAAGUUUUCACAGUUUCAGACAUACGACUGGUAUGACUGGUUUAAGGUCAAGCUCAUCUCUCUCCUGCCCAGUUUCACUGCAGAGAUGCUCACUAAUGCAACAUUAGGCAUCAGCUGUACCAACUACCAUGUCAUUGUUGAUGCAUUAAGCACUGUUGCUGUGAACAUGCCAGUAAAUAGAAAUCAGGAACUUGGGGCUGUUCUGGUGGCAUACCUGAAGCAAUCCAUACAGCAAAUCAAUCAAACAGGCUGCAGAGUGAACAACCAGACAGAUGCAGACUGGCUCACUGUUAAUCUUGGCCACUUCUCCAGCUACUUGUCAUUCUCUCAGCUGGCACAAUUCAACAUUUCUUGGUUUGGAUCUUUGGACCUGCUGACCCCUAGCCAAGCAGCUGAACUCACUCUGAGCUCUGGCGCCCUCAACAGCACAAGUCAGAUUGACCUAGUGUUCAAUCAACUACAGAAAGGCGAUGCUUUCACCAACGUGCAUGACUUUCUCACAGUCCUCUCUGAUCAGAAGGCUCCUGUUAUCAACCCUGCAGUCAGAGAUGUGAUGAUGAAUCGAACCUUCAAGAUCAUCAGCAUGAAGUUUUCACAGUUUCAGACAUACGACUGGUAUGACUGGUUUAAGGUCAAGCUCAUCUCUCUCCUGCCCAGUUUCACUGCAGAGAUGCUCACUAAUGCAACAUUAGGCAUCAGCUGUACCAACUACCACGUCAUUGUUGAUGCAUUAAGCACUGUUGCUGUGAACAUGCCAGUAAAUAGAAAUCAGGAACUUGGGGCUGUUCUGGUGGCAUACCUGAAGCAAUCCAUACAGCAAAUCAAUCAAACAGGCUGCAGAGUGAACAACCAGACAGAUGCAGACUGGCUCACUGUUAAUCUUGGCCACUUCUCCAGCUACUUGUCAUUCUCUCAGCUGGCACAAUUCAACAUUUCUUGGUUUGGAUCUUUGGACCUGCUGACCCCUAGCCAAGCAGCUGAACUCACUCUGAGCUCUGGCGCCCUCAACAGCACAAGUCAGAUUGACCUAGUGUUCAAUCAACUACAGAAAGGCGAUGCUUUCAUGAACGUGCAUGACUUUCUCACAGUCCUCUCUGAUCAGAAGGCUCCUGUUAUCAACCCUGCAGUCAGAGAUGUGAUGAUGAAUCGAACCUUCAAGAUCAUCAGCAUGAAGUUUUCACAGUUUCAGACAUACGACUGGUAUGACUGGUUUAAGGUCAAGCUCAUCUCUCUCCUGCCCAGUUUCACUGCAGAGAUGCUCACUAAUGCAACAUUAGGCAUCAGCUGUACCAACUACCACGUCAUUGUUGAUGCAUUAAGCACUGUUGCUGUGAACAUGCCAGUAAAUAGAAAUCAGGAACUUGGGGCUGUUCUGGUGGCAUACCUGAAGCAAUCCAUACAGCAAAUCAAUCAAACAGGCUGCAGAGUGAACAACCAGACAGAUGCAGACUGGCUCACUGUUAAUCUUGGCCACUUCUCCAGCUACUUGUCAUUCUCUCAGCUGGCACAAUUCAACAUUUCUUGGUUUGGAUCUUUGGACCUGCUGACCCCUAGCCAAGCAGCUGAACUCACUCUGAGCUCUGGCGCCCUCAACAGCACAAGUCAGAUUGACCUAGUGUUCAAUCAACUACAGAAAGGCGAUGCUUUCAUGAACGUGCAUGACUUUCUCACAGUCCUCUCUGAUCAGAAGGCUCCUGUUAUCAACCCUGCAGUCAGAGAUGUGAUGAUGAAUCGAACCUUCAAGAUCAUCAGCAUGAAGUUUUCACAGUUUCAGACAUACGACUGGUAUGACUGGUUUAAGGUCAAGCUCAUCUCUCUCCUGCCCAGUUUCACUGCAGAGAUGCUCACUAAUGCAACAUUAGGCAUCAGCUGUACCAACUACCACGUCAUUGUUGAUGCAUUAAGCACUGUUGCUGUGAACAUGCCAGUAAAUAGAAAUCAGGAACUUGGGGCUGUUCUGGUGGCAUACCUGAAGCAAUCCAUACAGCAAAUCAAUCAAACAGGCUGCAGAGUGAACAACCAGACAGAUGCAGACUGGCUCACUGUUAAUCUUGGCCACUUCUCCAGCUACUUGUCAUUCUCUCAGCUGGCACAAUUCAACAUUUCUUGGUUUGGAUCUUUGGACCUGCUGACCCCUAGCCAAGCAGCUGAACUCACUCUGAGCUCUGGCGCCCUCAACAGCACAAGUCAGAUUGACCUAGUGUUCAAUCAACUACAGAAAGGCGAUGCUUUCACCAACGUGCAUGACUUUCUCACAGUCCUCUCUGAUCAGAAGGCUCCUGUUAUCAACCCUGCAGUCAGAGAUGUGAUGAUGAAUCGAACCUUCAAGAUCAUCAGCAUGAAGUUUUCACAGUUUCAGACAUACGACUGGUAUGACUGGUUUAAGGUCAAGCUCAUCUCUCUCCUGCCCAGUUUCACUGCAGAGAUGCUCACUAAUGCAACAUUAGGCAUCAGCUGUACCAACUACCACGUCAUUGUUGAUGCAUUAAGCACUGUUGCUGUGAACAUGCCAGUAAAUAGAAAUCAGGAACUUGGGGCUGUUCUGGUGGCAUACCUGAAGCAAUCCAUACAGCAAAUCAAUCAAACAGGCUGCAGAGUGAACAACCAGACAGAUGCAGACUGGCUCACUGUUAAUCUUGGCCACUUCUCCAGCUACUUGUCAUUCUCUCAGCUGGCACAAUUCAACAUUUCUUGGUUUGGAUCUUUGGACCUGCUGACCCCUAGCCAAGCAGCUGAACUCACUCUGAGCUCUGGCGCCCUCAACAGCACAAGUCAGAUUGACCUAGUGUUCAAUCAACUACAGAAAGGCGAUGCUUUCACCAACGUGCAUGACUUUCUCACAGUCCUCUCUGAUCAGAAGGCUCCUGUUAUCAACCCUGCAGUCAGAGAUGUGAUGAUGAAUCGAACCUUCAAGAUCAUCAGCAUGAAGUUUUCACAGUUUCAGACAUACGACUGGUAUGACUGGUUUAAGGUCAAGCUCAUCUCUCUCCUGCCCAGUUUCACUGCAGAGAUGCUCACUAAUGCAACAUUAGGCAUCAGCUGUACCAACUACCACGUCAUUGUUGAUGCAUUAAGCACUGUUGCUGUGAACAUGCCAGUAAAUAGAAAUCAGGAACUUGGGGCUGUUCUGGUGGCAUACCUGAAGCAAUCCAUACAGCAAAUCAAUCAAACAGGCUGCAGAGUGAACAACCAGACAGAUGCAGACUGGCUCACUGUUAAUCUUGGCCACUUCUCCAGCUACUUGUCAUUCUCUCAGCUGGCACAAUUCAACAUUUCUUGGUUUGGAUCUUUGGACCUGCUGACCCCUAGCCAAGCAGCUGAACUCACUCUGAGCUCUGGCGCCCUCAACAGCACAAGUCAGAUUGACCUAGUGUUCAAUCAACUACAGAAAGGCGAUGCUUUCACCAACGUGCAUGACUUUCUCACAGUCCUCUCUGAUCAGAAGGCUCCUGUUAUCAACCCUGCAGUCAGAGAUGUGAUGAUGAAUCGAACCUUCAAGAUCAUCAGCAUGAAGUUUUCACAGUUUCAGACAUACGACUGGUAUGACUGGUUUAAGGUCAAGCUCAUCUCUCUCCUGCCCAGUUUCACUGCAGAGAUGCUCACUAAUGCAACAUUAGGCAUCAGCUGUACCAACUACCACGUCAUUGUUGAUGCAUUAAGCACUGUUGCUGUGAACAUGCCAGUAAAUAGAAAUCAGGAACUUGGGGCUGUUCUGGUGGCAUACCUGAAGCAAUCCAUACAGCAAAUCAAUCAAACAGGCUGCAGAGUGAACAACCAGACAGAUGCAGACUGGCUCACUGUUAAUCUUGGCCACUUCUCCAGCUACUUGUCAUUCUCUCAGCUGGCACAAUUCAACAUUUCUUGGUUUGGAUCUUUGGACCUGCUGACCCCUAGCCAAGCAGCUGAACUCACUCUGAGCUCUGGCGCCCUCAACAGCACAAGUCAGAUUGACCUAGUGUUCAAUCAACUACAGAAAGGCGAUGCUUUCACCAACGUGCAUGAGUUUCUCUCAGUCUUCUCUGUUCAGAAGGUAACUGAUACACACUGA